AUGUGGACGAAGCUAAAAGAGAAACAAACCAACAGGAGUCAUACCAUGACUUUCCAAGAAUGGAUGAUGGCAAACCUGAUGAAUGAGGACAAGGGUGUGGAAUUUGGGAUCGUUUGCUGGCACCUCUGGAAGCAACGAUGCGAGGAAACUAUGGAAGGAAAAGCCUUCAACGCCCAAGGCCUCCUGUGCAGAAUUAAGGCAUGGUUCAACAUCUAUGAACAUGCCCAACAGAGUGUUAGAAACAUCACCAAAGCUCAAGAUGUACAUAAACAUCAAGAGCAAAUUUCUUGGAGACCUCCCCCUGAAGGCUGGAUACAAGUACAAUCCGACGGAUCUGUGCUCACUCCAACAGGAAAAGCGGCAGCAGGAGGACUAAUCCGGGAUCACCAAGGGAAGUGUCACGCUGCGUUUGUCUGCAACUUUGGUGUAUGCUCCAUCACCAGUGCUGAACUGAAAGGAGCUGCCGAGGGACUCAGAUUGGCGUAUAACAAGGGAUACAAGAAAGUCCAGCUGAAUCUGGACUCCUCCACAGCGGUUGCCAUUAUCAAAAACCACAAAGACGAGAACCACCGCCACGGCAUCUUUGCAAACCAGUUUAACUUUCUUCUGAACCUGGACUGGGAUGUUAAAGUCGAGCAUGUCUAUAGGGAAGCAAAUUUUGCGGCUGACUUUUUAGCCAAUAGGGGUCAUCUUUAUGAUUUUGGCACACAUUCCUUCGAUGUGUGCGACCCGGGACUCAAUUAUUGGAUGUACCAUGAUAUUGUGGGAGUUACCCACGAUCGUUUUAUUCCAUCAAUGAAUUAG